GAAUUAUGCCCAAAGCGUUUAGAAAAUCGAACUUACCCGCUCGAUAUUCCAAAACUAAUUAGCGAAAGCACAUUCGGGAUUCAAGAUGAUAAAAAAGAUGGAAGUGGAGUGUGGAUCGCGAUCCAUGCCUCAUCUUCGCAAAGAAUGCUUCGACCGAACGAUUCUACAUGUUCCAUCAUUCGGUUUCAGUGUUGGUCGGAAUUGCCACCACUGGAUUUGAUGAAAAGGAAUUGUGGAAAGAUCAUUGGCGUGGCAAAGUUUUUUGCUUGCUUGAAGUCUGAAGAGGUGUCCGACGAUAAUGUUUGGAAGGGUGGCGAUUACGAGGACGGAGGCGGAAAUAGGGGAAGGAGGAAACAGCAAUAUUGCUGGAUGAUUGAUGAAGUCAAGGCUUUGGAGACUCCCAUCGAGUGUAAGGGAAAUGUUGGAAUUUGGUAUUUAGACGAAAAUAUCGCGAAUCAGAUUUGGAAAGAAAUUGAAAAAUCUUUUUAG